GAUGCUUCAAAUAAUAUUGGAUCUUCACUGCUUGCUUAAUCCUUUAUUAAGCUUCGGCAGUCGGUAUAGACUGCUGGUUCAAUGCGCGCGUGUUUUGGCAUAUACUACUUACGUCACUGGUCCCAUUUUCUUUCCUUCAAAUAGACGAGGAACAAAUAAGACAAAAAAAAUCAGACACUCAUUCAAUUUGUCUUAGUUCCGAAGCUCCGAGCAUAGAAAAAACGUAGUUCCCCAAGCCCUAUACAAGAGUCUACAGGACCAUACGGCUGGUAUUUUACAAUCUUGUCUCCCCAAUUCCUUGUUCUCAUCAUAUCUACAAUUUUCCUGACAAUUGUAUUAUCGUAAACAACAUCACCACCGCCGCCGCCGUGAUGGCUCUCCACUCAGACACUCAGCAUACGCACAGGAGCGACUCCGAAGAUGUUACCAUCUCCAACACCAGUUUCGUAGCCGGAAGCGAGAAGGCCGAUGCCACCAACGAUAAGACCCAAGAAGCCCCGGACGAGAUCGAAAACCAGGCGCGGCCCGCACCCGUUGAGCCGCAAAGAGCGGGUCCCCCACCACCUCCCAAUGGCGGCCUCGUUGCCUGGCUCCAUGUGGUCGGUGGCUGCAUGUUGUUUUUUAACACGUGGGGUAUCUUGAAUGCCUUCGGCGUUUUCCAGACGUACUACGAAUCCGGCGCGCUCUUCCAUCGAUCGUCAUCGGAUAUCUCAUGGAUUGGUGCGAUUCAAUCCUUCAUGGUUCUGGUCGGUGGUGUUUUCGCCGGCCCCAUCUACGACAGGGGCUACUUACGACAUCUGCUGAUCGUUGGAAGCUUCGCCAUCGUGUUUGGUCACAUGAUGUUAAGCUUGUGUAAGGAAUACUGGCAAGUAAUACUCGCCCAAGGUCUCUGUGUCGGAUUGGGAGCAGGGAUGCUGUUUGUACCUUGCGUAUCUCUCAUCCCUACUUACUUCACCACUAAGCUCGGCCUUGCUCUGGGUCUAGCAUCAGCAGGCUCUUCCGUCGGCGGAAUUAUAUAUCCCGUCGUCUUGUAUCAGCUCAUCGGCAAGAUUGGAUACGCCUGGUCUGUCCGUGUUAUGGGCUUCAUCGCUCUGGGAACUCUGCUUAUCCCAAUAUGCAUUAUGAGGAUGCGAUUCAAGUCCCCGAAGCCCAGAUCCAUGAUCGACUGGACUGCUUUCCGCGAUAUCCCCUAUAUGGCCUUCACAAUUACCACUUUUAUCGGCUUCAUGGGUCUCAGCAUUCUCAUCUUCUAUAUCUCGUUCUACCCCCAGGAACGAGGCAUCACUGAUGAAGCUCUUUCCUUCUACAUAGUCCCUAUCUUCAACGCCGCAUCCUGCUUCGGCCGAAUCGUCCCCAACGCCGUUUCGGAUAAGAUCGGCCCGUUUAACGUCGUCGCGCCGUGUGCUCUCAUAACCGGUGUCCUGAUGCUCUGUUUCAUGGUUGCGAACACUAAAGGCGCGGUAAUCACGAUCGCAGUACUCGCAGGGUUCUUCAGCGGCGUUUUCAUCGCUAUGCCACCCGUAUGCUUCUUCCCUCUGACCAAAGACAAGUCAAAGCUGGGAACAAGAAUAGGUAUGGGCUUUGGUAUCAUCGCUCUGGGUCUUCUGGUGGGUAGCCCAGUAGCUGGAGCUAUCCUCGGCGGAACGAAGCCUUUACAAUGGCACGGUCUAUGGGGAUUCGGCGGCGCUGCGGCAGCUUUGUCGGGCUUUAUGUACGCAGCGCUGAGGAUCUACCGCUCCGGUUGGGCGCUCAACGUUAAGGCGUGAUAGCCACUUCACAGUACAUUUUCAAGGCACGCCCACAUAACAUGCAAGGGACUUUACCGAAUCCCUCGCCGCAACAUGAGACUUAUGAUAUGUCAUCGUAAAAAGGGAAAAUGGUUAGAAAAUUCUAGGGCUAGACAGGGUUAGAGUUUGCGGGACAAUAUUGUGAAGGAUUUUUAGGGUCGGGUUUCCUAUACAUCCAAAGAUGCUGAUGGCAUUAAAUUGGCGAUGGCCACGAAUUUAGACGGAACUGCAUUUCUUUUAACUAUACCUUUAGUCAUAAUAAACUUGAAGAGAAUUCUGGAACUUAUAAGACCUAAUUCUUCGGGUUUGACUACCAACAUUAUCUUUCCCCUUAAUGUACACGAAUGAUAUUUAUAUCG